CUCUCUCUCUCCUUCCUACUCAAUCUCUCGCUGCCCUACCUACUUUCCUUCCUCUCAUUACAUUGCCUGUCCUGUCUGAGGGAUGCUGUGUUGGGAGAAGGGAAUGUGAUGGGUAGUGGUUCAGGUAGGGCCACGAGCCACAUGAAGACGUCAGCAAGCGAGAGGAGAGAGAGAGCUGGUUCUGUUUCUCUAGAGACGGAUCCGUCCUGGCCGUCUGUCUGCUGCCAGACUCCAUCUUCCUCCUGGAUACUACAACACUGGAUCACACCACUCAGGGAGGAGCAGCUUGGUCUGUUUUAUUUUCCCUGCUACCUAGCUAGCUAGCUAACGUUACUACCUCUGCUGCUGUCCUGAGAGAGAGCAUCAUCAUCACACCAUCACCACCCAGCCCUCCUCCCUGAUACUACAGAGAGGAGCUGUUUCCAGACCUGGUAGGAUACUAUACUACAGAGAGGAGCUGUUUCCAGACCUGAUAGGAUACUAUACUACAGAGAGGAGCUGUUUCCAGACCUGGUAGGAUACUAUACUACAGAGAGGAGCUGUUUCCAGACCUGGUAGGAUACUAUACUACAGAGAGGAGCUGUUUCCAGACCUGGUAGGAUACUAUACUACAGAGAGGAGCUGUUUCCAACCUGGUAGGAUACUAUACUACAGAGAGGAGCUGUUUCCAACCUGGUAGGACUUCCUCCUGCUAUCCUGCUCUAUAAGGAUAUCAGCCAGCUCCAUCGCAGCUCCCCAGCACCAUGGCUCAGGCUGCAUCUCAGAUCAAGAAGAGAGCGAUUGUGGACACCUCUGUUGAGGACGAGAAGCUUAAGAAGAGGAAGAUCAGACAAGCCCAACGGCAACUGAAGAAAAAGAUUGACAGUAAUGCCAGUUACUUGAGAGCAGCCCGGGCAGGGAACCUAGAGAAGGCUUUGGAUUACCUGAAGACUGGGGUCGAAAUCAACAUCUGUAACCAGAAUGGCCUCAACGCCCUCCAUCUGGCCUCUAAAGAGGGCCAUGCCGAGGUGGUCACACAACUCAUCAAGCUGGGAGCCAAUGUGGACGCUGCAACUAAGAAAGGGAACACAGCUCUCCACAUAGCGUCUCUGGCUGGUCAGGUGGAUGUAGUGAAGGAGCUGGUGACCAGCGGAGCUAACAUCAACGCACAAUCUCAGAAUGGCUUCACUCCUCUGUACAUGGCUGCUCAGGAGAAUCAUCAGAAGGUGGUCAGAUACCUGCUGGACCAUGGCUCCACACAGGGCAUCGCUACAGAGGAUGGCUUCACGCCCCUGGCGGUGGCGUUGCAGCAGGGACAUGAACAGGUGGUCUCUCUGCUCCUGGAGAAUGACACUAAAGGAAAGGUCCGGCUCCCGGCGCUCCACAUCGCCGCACGGAAGGACGACACUAAGGCUGCUGCCCUGCUGCUCCAGAUCGACCACAACGCAGAUGUCGAGUCCAAGAUGAUGGUGAAUAGGACCACAGAGAGUGGCUUUACUCCGCUGCACAUUGCUGCUCACUACGGCAACAUCAACGUGGCAACGCUCCUCCUCAACCGCGGCGCCGCCGUGGACUUCAAGGCCAGGAAUGACAUCACACCGCUGCAUGUGGCUUCUAAGAGAGGGAAUGGCAACAUGGUGAAAGUUCUGCUGGAGAGGGGAGGCACGAUAGACGCUAGGACUAAGGACGGUCUGACCCCUCUCCACUGUGGCGCCAGGAGCGGACAUGAACAGGUGCUGGAGAUGCUGCUAGACAGAGGAGCACCCAUCCUGUCCAAAACUAAGAACGGUCUGUCUCCCCUCCACAUGGCCACCCAGGGGGACCAUCUGAACUGUGUUCAGCUCCUGCUACACCACGAGGUUCCUGUUGAUGAUGUCACCAACGACUAUCUGACGGCCCUGCAUGUCGCCGCCCACUGCGGACACUACAAGGUCGCAAAGGUCAUUGUGGACAAGAAGGCCAAUCCCAACGCUAAAGCACUGAAUGGUUUCACUCCGCUCCACAUCGCCUGCAAGAAGAACAGAAUCAAAGUGAUGGAACUGCUGCUGAAACACGGAGCGUCCAUACAGGCAGUGACCGAGUCGGGUCUCACUCCGAUCCAUGUGGCGGCUUUCAUGGGACACGAUAACAUCGUCACUCAGCUGACGAAUCAUGGAGCUUCGCCAAACACAACUAAUGUGAGGGGAGAGACUGCGCUCCACAUGGCAGCGAGGGCCGGCCAGGCUGGCGUGGUCAAAUACCUGGUUCAGAGCGGAGCCAGAGUGGAGGUCAAGGCCAAGGACAACCAGACCCCGCUCCACAUCUCCAGUCGUCUGGGGAAGCCUGACAUCGUGCUGUAUCUGCUGCAGAAUGGGGCGUGUCCUGACGCCACUACCACCUCUGGCUACACCCCCCUACACCUGGCUGCCAAAGAGGGACACAGAGACGUCUCCUCAGUCCUCCUAGACCAGGGGGCUUCUCCAGACAUCACUACCAAGAAAGGCUUCACUCCCCUCCAUGUUGCAGCUAAGUAUGGGAAGAUGGAAGUGGCCAACCUUCUGCUGCAGAGACACACUGCGCCCGAUGCAGCUGGGAAGAGUGGUCUAACUCCCCUACAUGUAGCUGCUCACUAUGACAACCAGAAAGUGGCUCUGCUGCUGCUGGACCAGGGAGCUUCACCGCACGCUGCUGCCAAGAAUGGCUAUACUCCACUCCACAUCGCGGCUAAGAAGAACCAGAUGGAGAUUGCCACGACGCUGCUGGAGUACGGAGCCGACACCAACGCUAUGACACGUCAGGGCAUCACACCGCUGCACCUGGCCUCUCAGGAGGGCAACGUAGACAUUGUUACCCUGCUACUGGCCAGGGAAGCCACCAUCAGCUUGGGCAACAAGAGUGGUCUGACUCCUCUCCACCUGGCAGCUCAGGACGACAAGGUCAACGUAGCUGAGGUGCUGGUUAACCAGGGGGCCACUGUUGACCCAGAGACUAAGAUGGGAUACACUCCGCUGCAUGUGGCGUGUCACUAUGGAAACGUGAAGAUGGUCAACUUCCUGCUAAAGAACCAGGCCAAGAUCAACGCCAAAACCAAGAACGGAUACACCCCCCUCCAUCAGGCGGCCCAGCAAGGCCACACCCACAUCAUCAACCUACUGCUGCAGCACGGAGCCUCUCCCAACCAAGUCACUGUGAAUGGUAACACAGCCCUGUCCAUAGCCAGGAGGCUGGGGUACAUCUCUGUAGUGGAUACUCUGAAGGUCGUCACUGAGGAAACACAGACCACUCUGACGGUGACCGAGAAACAUAAGAUGAACGUUCCAGAAACCAUGAAUGAGGUUCUGGACAUGUCAGAUGAUGAGGUUGGUAAAGCCAAUGUACCUGAAAUGCUCAAUGAAGACUAUUUAUCUGAUGUUGAAGAAGAGAUGGAAUUUCAGUGUGUCUAUGAGAGCUACUGUCGUGAGGAUGCGAUGACAGGUGACACGGAUAAGUACCUGGGACCCCAGGACCUGAGAGAGCUGGGAGACGACUCUCUGCCCCAGGAGGGUUACAUGGGCUUUAGCAUUGGAGCACGCAGCGCCAGCCCUAAGGUCUACAGUUCGGAUAGGUCCAACACCCUGAACAGGACCUCUUACACCAGAGACAGCAUGAUGAUCGAAGAGAUACUGGCUCCUACCAAGGAUAUGAACCUGGCGUUGGCCAGCAGAGACUGUGACUCUGACUCUCAGAGACACUACAGCUGGACUGCUGACACCUUGGACAACAUCAACAUGGUCUCCAGCCCCAUACACUCUGGCUUUUCCUCUCCUCUACCUCAGUAUGACUCCAGGUUCCUGGUCAGUUUCAUGGUGGACGCACGUGGCGGCUCCAUGCGUGGGAGUCGUCAUAACGGAAUGCGCAUCAUCAUCCCGCCCAGGAAGUGCACGGCUCCGACACGCAUCACCUGCCGCCUGGCGAAGAGGCACAAGCUGGCCACGCCCCCACCGAUGGUGGAUGGAGAGGGAUUGGCCAGCAGGCUGGUGGAGGUGGGGCCUGCUGGAGCUCAGUUCCUGGGCCCUGUGAUCGUGGAGAUCCCCCAUUUUGGUUCUAUGAGGGGGAAGGAGAGGGAGCUGAUCAUGCUGAGGAGUGAGAAUGGAGAGACCUGGAAGGAACAUCAGUACGACUGCAAGACAGAUGACCUCAAUGAGCUGCUCAACGGCAUGGAUGAAGAGCUGGACAGCGCCAAGGACCUGGAGAAGAAGCGUAUAUGUCGCAUCAUCACCAAGGAUUUCCCACAGUACUUUGCGGUGGUGUCUCGUAUCAGACAGGAGAGCAGCCAGAUGGGCCCUGAGGGAGGAGUCCUCUCCAGCUUGACACUUCCAUUGGUUCAGGCCUCCUUCCCAGAGGGGGCGCUCACCAAGAAGAUACGCGUGGGACUGCAGGCCCAGCCGGCUCCUGAUGACAUGGUGAAGAAGAUCCUUGGUAACCGGGCAACAUUCAGCCCCAUAGUGACGGUGGAACCUCGACGCAGGAAGUUCCACAAACCCAUCACCAUGACGAUCCCGGUCCCGCCCUUGUCAGGGGAGGGGGUUAGCAAUGGCUACAAAGGAGAUUCCACCCCCUGCCUGAGGUUGCUAUGCAGCAUCACCGGCGGAACCUCUCCUGCCCAAUGGGAGGACAUCACUGGGACCACGCCCCUAACCUUCGUCAACGACUGUGUCUCCUUCACUACCAAUGUCUCUGCCAGGUUCUGGCUUGCUGACUGCCACCAGAUCCCAGAGACUGUAGGCCUUGCCACCCAGCUGUACAGAGAGCUCAUCUGUGUUCCUUACAUGGCCAAGUUCGUGGUGUUCGCCAAGAUGAACGACCCUAUGGAGUCCCGCCUGCGCUGCUUCUGUAUGACAGACGACAAGGUGGACAAAACCCUGGAACAGCAGGAGAACUUUGAGGAGGUGGCCAGGAGCAAAGACAUCGAGGUUCUGGAGGGGAGGCCCAUCUAUGUGGACUGCUAUGGUAACUUAGCUCCUCUGACCAAGGCUGGACAGCUACUGGUGCUCAACUUCUACGCAUUCAAAGAGAACCGGCUUCCUUUCUGUGUGAAGGUCAGAGACAACAGCCAGGAGCCGUGUGGCCGUCUGACAUUCCUGAAGGAGACCACUAAGACCGCUAAGGGUCUCCCCCAGACGGCCGUGUGUAACCUGAACAUCACCCUACCUGCGCUGAAGAAGGAAAUGGAGUCAGACCCAGAUGAAGAGACUGAAAAGCCAGAACGACGUCAUACCUUUACAUCUCUAGCCUUACGUAAGCGUUACAGCUAUCUCGCCGAGCCCGCCACGAAAACAGUUGAGCGAAGCACAGCAAGAACACUGCCUGCUGGUUACACUCACAAACCUGUCUUUUCAACAAGAUCUUACCAGGCAUGGUCGACUGCGCCUCUUCCCCACACUGUCCAAGCAAGGAGUGGACUGGGCUCCCUCUCCGGCUCACCGUCCAACACACCAUCUGCAUCGCCACUAAAGUCUGCCUGGUUGCUCUCCUCCGCCUCUCCAAUCAAAUCCACCCUCGGAGCCUCACCGCCACAUUCAGUCAAGUCCUCUGGCGACAUAGCUUCUUUACCUGUCAGAUCCUAUAGAACUAUGGCCUCCCCUAUUAAGACUGUUGUACAGCAGGCCCAGUACCCGGUCCAGGUCUCUGCCAGUCUGGUGUCCUCUUCCUCUAAACCUGGAGCAGAUCCUGUCUUCAUUAAAGGACUAUCCACCCCAUUUUCUUCCAGGACCACCCCAGCCUCUAACACAGGGUCUGGUCCAGAUAGAUCAACCAUGACUCAACCCGAAUCUCCCAAGUGCACAGCCAACAUGUACACCUUACCCUUCAAAUCAGUCCUGUCGUCUUCAUCCUCCUCCCCUGUCAGAACCAUCGCUGGUCUGUCCUCCUCAUCCUCCUCCCCUGUCAGAACCAUCGCUGGCCUGUCCUCCUCAUCCUCCUCCCCUGUCAGAACCAUUCCUGGCCUGUCCACUACUUCAGCUACAUCUAAGGGGAAGCCCCUCCCCUCGCUGUCCUCACCAGCCCACUCCUCAGAACCCUCUGCUAUGGUGAAUGGAUUAGUUUCUCCCAUGAAGUGCGCCUCUUCUUCUCAGUCCUCCUCCCCCUGCUCCUGUUUGCUCUCUGAUAGGUCUAGCAGUCUGCAGGAGAGGAUACAGACCAACACUCACGCUGCCACUUCCAGUGUCAGUGCAGCUAUAAAUGAGGCUGAAAGGACAUUUAACUCUUCAGGGUACGGAACACUCAAAUCAGUGUCCUCGCGGAGAUCUAACACCUCAACUUCUGUCUAUGGCUCUAUGAGGUCUCAAACCUCUUCCACCACCUCAGCAACAUCCAAUGCAAUGACUGUACCUGUAUACUCUUUUCUCGAUGUUGCGACCGAGUCCCCAAUGAAAAAAGGGCCUGGGUCGCUGAAGAUGUCGCCUGCAGACUCUCGCAGGUCAAAGACGGCAGUGAAGUCCCCUCCUUACAUCACCCCCCCAGGGCUCACUCUAACCCCACCCUCCUCCCUAUCCUCCAAUCAGGACAUCCUGAAAGACGUGGCCGAUAUGAAGGAGGACCUGAUCAGAAUGACGGCCAUCUUGCAGACUGUCCCCAGAACAGCCAGGAAUGUUCAGUCUCAGACCCCUAAAGAGCCUAAGAUGGAGGAUGAGGAGCCCUUCACCAUAGUAGAGAAAGUGAAGGAGGAUCUAGUUAAAGUCAGUGAGAUACUGACCAAGGACGUGGUGAGUGAUAGUCAAGCCUGUAGAGGGAAGCCUGUAGAGGAGGAGUGGGAGGAGUUCUCUAAAGAUGAGUUAGAGGAAGCCCAGCAAAGUGCUAAGGAAUUCUUUCACCCUCCGUUUGACGCUAACACCCUCUCCUUUAGGCCCCAGUCUAUGCCCAGUAAAGAGUUGAAUUUAGCCAAGGUUGUUGACUACCUGGCCAAUGACAUAGGUGCUAGUUCUCUUUCUAAGAUGGCCGAGAUGAAGAGCAGAUAUGAGGAGGCAAAAAGAGAAGGGGAGGACAAACAGAAACUAAAAAAACUCAAGAUGCCUCCCCCAGGCAUGCGUACCUCUGCCUCUGAGAAAGACUUAUGUAAACUAGCAGAGUCAUAUUAUGGACCUGACACCAUAUUGGAGUCACCAGAAGACUUAUCUCAUGAGCAGGAUAAGAGUCCUCUGUCAGACAGCGGCUUUGAAACCAGGAGUGAAAAGACUCCUUCAGCCCCCCAAAGUGCAGAGAGCACCGGGCCCAAACCCCCCUUCACUGACCCCAUCCCCCCCUGCAUCACCGAGACUAGGACCGAGGUGGUCCAUAUCAGGAGCUACGAGCACCCAGACGAACCCUGUGAGGUGCAGAUGGAGGAGGCAGCCUCAGCAUCGCCGGCCUGCAUUGAACCAGAGGCCUCCGCCGCCUCCAUCAAAGACAAAGUCAAAUCAUUCCAGAUCAAAGUGUGUGACGACUCUGACUCUGUCGUUAGCAAGAGCAUGAGGCUCAAAGAGGAGACCCACAUCACCACCACGACGCGCAUGGUUUACCACAAGCCGCAGCUGAAAGACGGCUCGGAGAGGAUCGAGGAGACCAUGUCAGUCAGAGACAUCAUGAAAGCAUUCCAGUCCGGAAGGGACCCCUCCAAAGAACUUGCUGGACUGUUUGAGCACAAGGCUGGCCAGGACUCUGUCAAAGGGGAUGAACUCACCCCCAGGUUCAUUGAUAAUGACACUAAAGCCAAAAGAAUAAUGGAGGUUCACAUAGAAAAAGAAGGAAACACAUUCCAACCAACUGAGGUGAUUAUCAGGGAGACCAAGAAGAUUCCAGACUCUUAUUUCUAUAAAGGAGACCACAGAAUCCAAGAAAUGCCUGAUUACGACGAGGCGCCGCAGGAAGGGGAGGAGCUUACUGCCAAUGACAGCCGGCCCAGCUCCGCUCAGCUCAUGGCCGAUGACUCCUACAAAGCUCUCAAACUGCUCAGCCAGCACUCUGUAGAGUAUCACGAUGACGAGCUCUCUGAACUCAGGGGAGAGUCUUACAGGUUCGCUGAGAAGAUGCUACGUUCUGAGAAACUAGACAUAUCCCACUCUGAUACAGAAGAUUCUAUGGCUGACCAAACACACCAAAUUACCUCAGAGUCGCAUGGGGAAGAGAGUGAUUACGGUGAGAAAGAGGCCGUGCCCAGGAAAGAGUUCACUUUCAAGUCAUCAAAGGAUACAUCCUCUAAGUCAGGUAAAUGUUCUCAUAAGGAUGACAAGUUUGACAAAGUGACAGUGUUGCAUUACACCACAGAGCCAGGCAGCCCAAAACAUGCAGUGUGGAUGCGUUUCACUGAGGACAAGCUGGACAGGAACAGAGAGAAGCUCAUCUACGAGGACCGCGUGGAUCAAACUGUCAAGGAAGCUGAGGAGAAACUAAGCGAGGUCUCUCAGUUUUUCCGUGACAAAACUGAGAAACUGAACGACGAGCUGCAAUCCCCGGAGAAAAAGCCUCCAAAGAGAGACCCCAGGGAGACCAGGUCUGGGCCCAGCUCCACCUGUAAUAGCCCAGAGAAAACCCAGCAGAAAGCCAGGGCAGAGGGAGAGGAGUGGAGCAAGGGAAGGGGGAACAAACUGUUCAGUAGUACGACUGAGAGGAGGACCUCUAGUCUACCCAACAGUCCAGAGAGAGCUGUUCUCUCCCGCUUCAGUGAGGAUACAUCCAAACAGCAGACAAAGGCAGAGGAACGGUCUGAGCCAAACCAGGUUAAAGCCUCCUUCUCUAGAGUGAGCUCUGUUAGGAUGAAGUUCGAAUCAGAGGCUCAGAACCAAGAUAAGAGUAGUCCUGAGCUAGUACAGUCCACACCCCCAGUCAGCAGGCUGCAGGAGAGCAAGCUGCCAAUGAAUCAACUGUUCACUGGAGGAAAGACAACUAAAGGGUCUGAGGCCACAGAGGAAGGAAGUCCUUUUAAAAAGACUCCAGAGAAACUGAAAGGACCUGCCUCCAAUAGCAGUAAGUCAGUUGUCUCACCAGCUGCCCCAAAACAGUCAGGAGACAAACUGCCUAAUAAGAACCUACCAUACACCACAGCCCAAAAACACCUAACAGGUCAGACUGAUAAAGAAUCAGAGAAAACAAGCCCAUUGAGCCAGGAGAGUCAGGUCAUUGGUAUCAGUAAGGGUGUAAAGGGGCCACCAUCACAUAGUCCUACACAUGACACACCCAAGGAGAACAGUGGGGAAGUUGAAAAAGAACACGUUUCUAUGAGGGAUUCUCCUUCCAAACAUGUUGCAUCAAGUCCCACAACCAAUAGGGUUGCUCAUUCUGAACCUGUGUCUAAAGACCAUGGGGUUGCUCAUUCUGAACCUGUGUCUAAAGACCAUGGGGUUGCACAAAACAAGAAUCUUAGAAAAAAGACAGAGUCCCAGAUCCCAGUCAGGUCUGUGUCUAGUCACUCAGACAGCGAUCAGUCAGAGAAACCAAAACAAGACACAAUAACUAAGCCAUUUGAAAAGAUAUCCCAAAUCCCCAUACUAAAUAAGAACAGAAUGCAGGUCAGCCCAGUAACAAGCCCUACAAAGGCAGAAGAACUAACAGACACAUCUCUUGAAAUAUUAGAUAAUGCACCAAAAGAUUCUAACUUGAACAAUGUGCGUGGCACUUGCACAAGAGAAAUACAAGAGAGAUUAGCACCAGAGACAACCACCACCAGAGAAAACUUCAAAGGCAUCAAAACAUUACCUGUCUAUGUGAGUGUCCAGGUGGGUAGGCAGGGAGAGAGAGAGGGCAGAGGAGGAGUACUGUACAAACAGAAACAGCCCUCGUCGCCUCAGGCCAGUCCUGAUGAUGACACGCUAGAGCAGGUAUCUUUCAUAGACAGCUCAGGGAAGAGUCCACUCACCCCAGAGACCCCUAGCUCAGAGGAGAUCAGCUAUGACCUCACCUCCAGAACACCAGACUCCAUCCUGGGCUUCACUCCCUUCCAGCCUAGCCCUAUCCCAGAGGUCUCUGAGGACUCCUCAGAGGAGGAGCAGGGCCAGGUAUUUUCCUUCAAGGACUUCAGACCAGAGACACCUAAUGUCACAGCAGCUGACGUUAAGAAUGGAAACCACCAGGCUGGACAGACACCUAAAGACAAAGGAGUAGCAUACAUCCAGUUCCCCCCUCCGCCUCCCCUGGACUCUGAGCAGUCCAGCCCUGAGAAGAAGAAGAAGGGAUCAUCUGGUUCCUCUGAGGCAGAGAUGGAGAUGAUGGAGGUCAACCUCCAGGAAGAGCAUGAUAAACACCUCCUCACGGAGCCCAUCAUCAGAGUCCAGCCCCCCUCCCCAGUCCCCCCCGGGACUGACGACAGUGACUCUAGUGACGAUGAGUCUGUCUUCCAGCCCAUCUCCUUUAAGAAAUACACCUUUAAGAUCUCAGAGGGGCAGGAGCAGGAGCUCAAGAAUGGGUCCAAAUCCACAAAACAGGAUAGAAACGGCAAAGAGCCAGGAACUAACAGAACUAAUGGAACGUAUGAAGCUGGUAAAACAGAGGAGUACGACUCUGAACAGAAUGGAAAUGACCAGUCCAUAACAGACUGUUCUAUCGCCACGACGGCAGAGUUCUCACAUGACACUGACGCUACUGAGAUCGACUCCCUGGAUGGGUAUGACAUGCAGGAUGAGGAUGAUGGUCUGUGUGAGAUGGACACUAAACCCUUCAGCCUGCCGGACAGCAGGAAGGACGUGUGGACCUCAGACAGCAUGCUUCGGUCCUGCGACCGCUCCUUCAGUCAGACCAAACUAGAGGCCAUUGAAGAGGAAAAAACACCGGAGGAGGAAUGCAGAAAGGCUCAAGCUAAAAGUGAUCCAGUUGACAUAAAAACAGAUGAGGCCAGCUCUCAGGGCCAGAAGGACAAUGAUGGGUUUUCUGAUACGUACUUUAGCUACAAGCUAGAGGAGGCGUUUGACUCUCCGUUUAAAACUGUUGCUACUAAAGGUCUGGACUUUGACCCCUGGUCCAGUAUAGGAGGAGACAAUGAAGUGGUUGACGCCAGGAUAAAAGACGACGAGCCGAAGCCGUUUGGACUGGCAGCAGACGACAGAUCACAGGCCACGACCCCAGACACGACCCCUGCCAGAACCCCGACCGAUGAUAGCACCACGCCAACUAGCGAGCCAAACCCUUUCCCCUUCCAUGAAGGGAAGAUGUUUGAGAUGACUCGCAGUGGUGCGAUUGACAUGAGCAAGCGGGAUAUUGUUGAAGAAAGACUGCAGUUUUUUCAGAUUGGCCCUCAGAGCCCCUGUGAGAGGACUGACCUGCGGAUGGCCAUAGUGGCAGAUCACCUGGGUCUGAGCUGGACUGAGCUUGCCAGGGAAAUGGAUUUCUCCGUAGAUGAGAUCAAUCACAUCCGCGUGGAUAACCCCAACUCUCUGACCACUCAGAGUUUCAUGCUUUUAAAGAAAUGGGUUAGCAGAGAUGGUAAAAAUGCCACAACGGAUUCCCUUACAGAGGUCCUGACUAAGAUCAAUCGGAUGGAUAUUGUGACAUUGCUGGAAGGGCCAAUAUUUGACUAUGGUAACAUUUCAGGCACAAGAUGUUUUGCUGAUGAUAACGCAGUUUUCCUGGAUCAGUGUGAUGGUUCCAGCAGCAUCCAGCUGGAGCUUCAGACCCCCACAGGUUUGAUCUGUCAGCCCCCCACCCCGCUAAGCAGCGACCACUUCUUUGACGAGGACGCUGGCCUAGACUCCCCCUCUAGAACGCCCACUAGACCAUGUGACUUGUCACUCACCCAGACCACCAGCACCCCAGGCCCCGCCUCCCAUGCUCAAUCCCCCACAAUGGUGGUAGAGGAAGACACCUCUGGACCUCUAGACUCCCGGGGAGCCGGGAAGGGCGCCGGGGAGGGUGCCGGGGAAGGCGGGGGCCCUAAAGUGACCUCCACUGAAGAUGACACAGGGGUUAGCAGAGAGUCAGUGGCCUCAUACAAGCCCCAUAACAGGGAGGCAGGGCUGAGAGAGGAGGCUGAGCAGGAUGUUGACAUGGGGAUGCUGAUACAUCAGAUUGAUCUUCCUCAGGGGGUGGUCAGGGAGGAUGAGUGGCUGGCUGGAGCCAGAGGAGACCCAUCCUGGGCCACCCUGGGCUUUAGGCCUGCCCUGGGGGGAGAGGGGGUAGAGGGUGGUGUGUCUGGUCCUCCCGGGGAAGAGAAGGAGGAGGGGGAGUUGAGUGAGGAGAAGUUAAAGUCUCUGUUGGAGGAGAUGGGGCUGGAGGAAGGCUCGGAGGACGAGGAGAUGACGGAGGAAAGGAUAAACGCCAUCUUGUCUCAGGUUCAGCAGGCAGACAAAGAUGUGAUGUCAUCACCUGCAGGUUGGCAUAGUGAGACGUCCAGCGUGAACGUGGAGCCCCCGACACCUGGCCGCAGUCUGAGUGCUGAGGGCAACGACCUCCAGGACACCAGCCCUGUGAAUUCCCUGGACUCCCUGACGACAUCACCUGUCCGACCAGCAGAGAAAUCCAAUGGAGACCACACUGACUUCCUGUCCCAGCCCGGGUCACAUCCUGAGGCCCAGGGUUCAUCCAACGGGGUGAAGGGUCAUGGCCAGGUCGAGGAUGAGGGAAGGGCGUCAGCGUCACAAGGAGGGCAGGAAGAGGGAAGCAGAAGGACUCUGGAAGAGGACAGCACAGCAGGACCAAGCAGCAAGGAGCAGCAGCAGGAGGAGGGAGGAGUGCAGGGGUCACAGCACAAAGUCCAGGAGGGUGGUAGAGAUAAGGAGACCAGCUCUGAUGAGGAACGGACUGUCACCACCAAGGUGUACCGACGGAGGGUCAUUCUGAAGGGAGAACAGGCCAGAAACAUCCCUGUGGAGUCAGUGACAGAAGAGCAGUUCACAGACGAGGAUGGAAACAUAGUCACCCGAAAAGUCAUCAGGAAAGUAGUACGUCGUAUUGCUGCAACGUCAACUACUUUUACUGCUACUACAGAGGAGGUGAAAGCAGGAGGAGCAGUAGGAGAAGCAGUAGGAAGAGGAGAAGCAGCAGGAGGAGGAGGAGGCCGGAAGGAAAAUAAGGGCAGGAAGAGAAACAAGCGCUCCCGAGGAGGCCCUAAGGCAGAGCACGAGAGCUCUAAGGGUCAGAGGGGAAAGACUGAGUCUGAAGAAGGGUCAGGGUCGAAGGUGAAAAAGAAGCAAGUGGAAAAGGAUCAAUGAUAACAGUCGUGUGCUCAACCUGGUUUGUUGAUGUUUCAUGACUUCCUGGAAGGGUUAUGACUGGAACUUGAAGCAGGAGAACAGCCAAUCAGAACGUGUGUCUGCAGCUUUCACGUUAACGCAUGGUUUUACAGCAAGACCACUUUAUUUGAUUUCGCAUGAGCAUGAAAAACAUACUUUUCUGUCCACAACCUGGGCUCCAGUCAUGACCUGUUGUUACCACGGUGACAGGAGAACAGGGGUGUGGUCUGCUCCAUCAUGGCGUCAGGACAACAGUAGCCACGCCUCCAAGCAUCUCUCAGACCAAUGAGGUACAACAGGACGUUUGAUUGACAGAUUAGAGGAACACUUGGAGUCACCUUCUACAAGCCUUAUAUAUUCUGUCCUGUAGCCACACCACUGGGGUGGGUGUAUAAUGUGGUUGUGUUUUUUAAUAACAACGGGUGGUUUGGUUGUAUAUAAAUGACACUGUAAAAACUUCUGAAGUUAGUCACUGAUAGUUUGUUUUCUGCACUGGUAGGACAGCUUCGCAAAGCAUUGGAAUGAAAUGCCUAUAUUGAUUCCAACUUUAUGAAAAUGCUUGGGUGUUACUGCACAUGUCUAAUUAUCAGCAGGAAAUAUUUGUCAAAUCGAAAUGGUAGCUUGAUUUUAACCUAACUCCACUGCAACUCUCAAACAUCACUUCUGUGAACAUAUUUCCUCAGAGUACUAAUAUUUUGAUGCAUGAGAUUCACCUGGUUUGACUUAGUUUUCCUCAUUUGCGAACAUUGUAUUAUGAAAUAAGGUGUUACUUCUAUCAGUGUCUGUCUACUCUGCUCUGGCACUGACUGUUUUAAAGAGACAUGAACACACAGCCACCUGGGGGACAGCAGGACAGAGAGGGAGACUUCAUUCUAAUGCUUUAUGAGGGCCCACUGUGUAACAUGGAAUAUGCCUCUACUAUUAAAGACGUGGAGAUAUGAGAGCUCCCAAUAUAUAAUGUAGACUGUCACAUUGGAAAGGGUUAGAGAGGUAUUACCCCAAUAUAUAAUGUAGACUGUCACAUUGGAAAGGGUUAGAUAACUUUUACCCCAAUAUAUAAUGUAGACUGUCACAUUGAAAAGGGUUAGAGAGGUAUUACCCCAAUAUAUAAUGUAGACUGUCACAUUGGAAAGGGUUAGAUAACUUUUACCCCAAUAUAUAAUGUAGACUGUCACAUUGAAAAGGGUUAGAGAGGUAUUACCCCAAUAUAUAAUGUAGACUGUCACAUUGGAAAGGGUUAGAUAACUUUUACCCCAAUAUAUAAUGUAGACUGACACAUUGAAAAGGGUUAGAGGUAUUACCCCAAUAUAUAAUGUAGACUGACACAUUGGAAAGGGUUAGAUAACUUUUACCCCAAUAUAUAAUGUAGACUGACACAUUGGAAAGAGUUAGAUAACUUUUACCCCAAUAUAUAAUGUAGACUGACACAUUGGAAAGGGUUAGAGAGGUAUUACCCCAAUAUAUAAUGUAGACUGACACAUUGGAAAGGGUUAGAGAGCGUUUACCCCAAUAUAUAAUGUAGACUGACACAUUGGAAAGGGUUAGAGAGGUAUUACCCCAAUAUAUAAUGUAGACUGACACAUUGGAAAGGGUUAGAGAGGUAUUACCCCAAUAUAUAAUGUAGACUGACACAUUGGAAAGGGUUAGAGAGCGUUUACCCCAAUAUAUAAUGUAGACUGACACAUUGGAAAGGGUUAGAGAGCGUUUACCCCAAUAUAUAAUGUAGACUGACACAUUGGAAAGGGUUAACAGUUCUCAUGCGUAUUUGCUCCAAUCAUUGGUCAUUAUUUUAGCAGUGUAAUGUUAUGUUCUAAGCCUGCUGCAGUUUAAAGGGGCAUUGUUUCUUUGGGGUUUGGUGCCAUAUUUCCUUCCGUUGAUUCUCUUCAUAUGAGACCACCUAAAGCAUUGAUUGAUGAUCUGGUAACACAUGACAACCAACAUGGAUGAUCCCAUUCAUUAUUUAAGCAGAAAUAAAUUGUGUUUAAACUGAAA